AAUCCACUAUAACACCUCUUCAUUUCCUCAUUAGGGUUUCAUUCACUUCCCGCCGCCGCCCACACACUCUCAUACAGUCACACAAAAAUGCCGGCCGGCCAUGGAUUACGAUCACGUACGCGAGAUUCAUUCUCACGUGCAUUUAGAAAGAAAGGUACAAUCCCUCUUUCUACGUACUUAAGAAUCUUCAAAAUCGGUGAUUAUGUUGAUAUCAAAGUAAACGGCGCUGUCCACAAAGGAAUGCCACAUAAGUUCUACCAUGGACGUACUGGCCGUGUUUGGAAUGUCACUAAACGCGCCGUCGGUGUCGAAGUUAACAAACAGGUUCGUGAACGUAUCAUAAGGAAGAGGAUUCACGUUAGGAUUGAACAUGUUCAAGCUUCUCGAUGCACUGAAGAAGUCAAAGAUAGGAUCAAGAGGAAUGACAAGCUAAAGGCCGAAGCCAAGGCUAGAGGAGUGGUCAUCAGCACGAAAAGGCAACCCGCAGGACCCAAACCAGGAUUCAUGGUUGAAGGCGCUACAUUGGAGACAGUUACCCCCAUACCAUAUGAUGUGGUCAAUGAUUUGAAGGGAGGCUAUUGAUUUUACUCAGUUUAUGAGCUUGUUAUCGCUUACUAGCGUUUAUGAAAUUGAAAGACAUGAUUAGAUUUUUUGGUGUCACCUCGGACAAUUGUUUUCCAUUUAUAAAUUUUGUUUACAGUA